UUUGAGGGUUAAAAUCUUAAAUAAUUUUGACAAAAUGUAACCUGUGCUUUGCUUACACUCUUUGCAAGACAGUUCUAGAUUUUCACAAAACAACGCUAACCAGAAGAGGUCAGAACAGCCAUCAUUGCCUUGAAUAUUCGUGUAGUUUUAUGUAGUGCAGUGUAUUAAAGUUACAGCGCCGUCAAGUCACAAGCGAUAGACGAAGAUAAAAUUUCAGAUAAGGUUAUUUGACAGGAAGUGUGUUUUUUUUAUAUAUUAUGGAACUGUCGCAUGAACUUGCUGCGUAUAUUUUCAUUGUAGGAUAUCCUUAGUUAGUAUAGUGGAGUUUCUGGCCAGAGCAAGUACUGUUGUCCGUUUCUGUACUUAAAAGAAAGAGGAAAAAUUGUUUGCAGGGUCAGAUCUGUCUGCGCUUUACAACGUAGCUACUGUUACCAAUUUCCAUUGUAUUUAUACAUCUUUGCUGGUAUACAGCUUUAUGCAAGGAAGACGGCAAAGAAGUAUCCCUAGAGGACUGCAAACAUCCCAGUAUAACAGAGAAGUGGCUUUCCAUGAGUAGCUCAUAAAUCCCAAAUAUCAUGUCGGAGGCAUAUCCAGAUGAUAACUACACAUGUGAGGGGUUGGAAGCUCAAUAUAAUAACACAUAUACUAGACAACAGUUCGUAAGUUACAGAAUCAUCUACCCCCUGAUCAUUGCUAUAGGUGUGGUCAGCAAUGCGAUCUGCAUAAUGAUUCUCAAGAAACCGAAGAUGAGACUUGUGUUGGCUAAUCGGUACUUUCUCGUACUCGUACUGAUAGAUCUGAUGGCGUGUGUGAUGAGUAUUCCUGUGGCGACUUCCGUUAUCGGGUGCUCCAUCAAUUCAUGCGACGAGGCCUUUUAUUUUGGACGCUUCUGCUGGUCAUUUCUUGAAUUUUUACAACCUCUGAGUUUUUACACAUUGCUGUUUCUGUCCUUUGACAGAUUCCUAGCAGUGUGGAACUUUCAGUACUAUAGAAACCACGACAAGAACAAGGUCUUCUGGCGUAGGAUUGUUGUUACGCUUGUAGUUGACAUCGUCCUUCACAUAUUUUACUUCGUCAACGUGAAAGUUUCCUGUCAGAAUGACAAUACGAAGCCUCGUUACGUCAUUGAAGAUGCUAUUCGUUGGAAUAAAGGGGAAAUUUGGCAUACGGCAUUCUUAUAUUUUCAUACACUCGUAGUUCGAUGGAUUCCUUGGGUAUCCCUCACUGUAUUCAACACUGGAUUGAUCAUAGCUAUUGCCAGGGGUAAAUUAAGUAACCCAGAUCUACCAAGCAGCAAUGAAGGAAGGAUGGAACUGAACCUUACCUUAACUCUUGUCGCAAUCAUUUGUUCAACCAUGGCCUUCACUUUCCCAGAGGCGGUCUAUGUGACCAACUUUUCUAGUCUCUGUCAGAAUCAAUGUUAUGGUCUGCAUGAGUUAUUUAGAGCUAUUGCUAACAUUCUUCAGUUGCUUGAACACGCUACAACAAUUGUUUUUUUAGCAAUACUGAACCCGAACUUCAGAGAGGAGCUCAUAAAGGGGAUGAGGAUGGCUUUCUCAUGCAAAGAAAACAAGGAGAGUCAAAUGCCCGUGGAUGUGAACGCCAUUAUCAACUAACGGUCUUCCACUCAGUGUUUCGGUUGUCUCUAUGGCUUUUCUAGGCAACUGGUUGUUGAUUCCGAUCCAAGACUGGUAAGAAAAUGAAUGAAAAUAUAUUUUUAAAAAUCAAGAGAUAAAGUGAGGUGGUACUUGAAAAGAUGAUAAUGCUGAAGAACAGUACAAAUGGAUGUUGGAUUGAUUAUAGCAGUUCAGAAUGGAAUACUGUUGAAACCGUUCCUAUAGCUUUACAUAAAAUUACAUUGCUUCCUUUAUGGAAUGGUAAUCUUGCAUAUAAUGGUAAUGUGUGAGUGUCAGAAUAGUUGUGAGAGGUCCUUCAGGGCUAACCUGUGCAUGACGAUAAUACAAGAACAAUUCUGUCACUCAGGUCAAGGUUCCUCCGUUCUGUACCCUCGUGUAGGGGCCAAUAUUGAAUGGAGCUGGUCCCAGACUGGACGGCAGUAAGUCUAAAAUGCGAAACAUGUUUUCCAUUGCCUAUCUGUAUUACAUACAAAAAAAAAAAAAAAACCAUAAGAAUACAUAUUGCAUUUUAUGUAGAAAGAUUAUACAACGAGAAGCAAUUUAUUGUGACCAUAGUGUUACCAAAGUAAGAAUGUAUGCUUACAAUGCACGUGGAAAUUUUGAGUGAUCUUUAUAUUUAAUGUAAGGCAGCCCUUCUGAAAGUUCCAAAAAAUAUUUUCACGACCUAUAACUAGAACUUUUAAAAUGAUUCUCAACUGGAGAUGAGUUGCUUAAAGGUUUUGUGAAGCAACAAAUUUAAAAAGCUGUUGUUAUGUUACAGUAAGUUCGCUUGAUAUGACCACACACGAUUCCAUCCGCCUACCCUAAGUAGAUUUAAAGACUAAUAUCAUGAAAUCCGUUGUGAGGUAAAAAAAAAAAAAAAAAAAAAAAUGAAGACUGUGAGGAAACUACUAGGUCUCCCGCUACCGGAAAUGUUGGAGAGAAUAAAUCGGUGUUGUUACAUUACAUACCAAAUCUUACAGACCAUCUAAUUUUGUAUUUGAUUUUACAUUUUAUGUGAACGUUUAUGUUCGCAGAAGCUAUGGCAUUUCUGUUGUCAAAAGAGAAUGUGUUGUCCUUAUCCAUGUUUCAAUUUACAUGCAGAUGUGUUUGGUUUGGUGUAUUAACACAUAGACGUCUUUAUAGUGUGACUGCCGAGUCUGAAUACUGAAAUAAAAAAAAAAAAUUUCCUCCGUAUUAAUUUAUUUCAGUUCAAAUAACAUUGUGUUUUGAUUACUGUGAAUUCCUUGGAAUGGAAGGGUACGAUGUACAUUCUCUUGAAUAAAUCUGAGAUAGAGCAAAUGGU